AAAAACUCGAGCAUAAUUAUGAAAUUGAAACCAUUGCAACGUUUACAAUUGGCAUUUUGUCUUUUAUUGUGUCUAUUCUCAUCUUUAAUAUUCAUCCUCUCGUGUGGCAUUAACUAUCGGCAAGAAUUGGCCAAAGAGCAUGUGCGUUUCCGCCAAGAGAUGCCCACAAUGGAUAGUUGGAUUAAUUCACCAUUUGGCAAACUGAAGAGUUAUCUCUUCAAUGUGACCAAUUCGGAGGCAUUUCUCAAUGGCACCGAUACCAAACUGAAACUGGAUCAAAUUGGUCCCAUUGUGUAUAAUAUUGUUGGCUAUAAUGAUAUAUUGGAACGAACCGAACACAACGUGACAUAUCGCAAGCAUCGUUAUCGUCGUGUCGAAUUCCUGCCAGAGGAGAGUGUAUCGCCCGAUAUAUUGAAUCAAACCAUUAUCCUGCCAAAUAGUAUUUUACUUGGCUCGGCCGCCAAAUUCAGUCACGAGGCACCAUAUUCGGCCUUUGGUUUCGAUGCCGUCACCUUGGGAGAGGAUGUAUUCGUCACUGGAAGUAUCUAUUAUUUCCUAUGGGAAUUUACACGUCCCGGGCUGGAAAUGAUGUCCAAGUUUCUAACACUUACGUCCAAUUGCGGCCUGCUGCACAAUGCCCUCAAGGAAAAGGAAGAGGUCUAUACGGUGAAUAUUGGUCCUGAAAGUGGCAUUGAGAAUUUCUUUCGCAUUAAAUCGUUAAAUAACGAUGUAAUACUGAAAGAGCAGCGACAACGCACUCGUGGUCCGGAUGGUGAAAGUUGUCCGGCCUAUGUAAAGGGAGCUUUGGAUAAUUCUCUAUUCCCGCCAUUUGUGCAAAAGGACACACCUCUCACACUUGUCGCCAUUGAAUCAUGCCGCACCCUGCCCUUGAACUACAAGGGAGAGGAAGUCUAUCAGGGUAUAGAUACAUUUCGUUAUACCCUGAUAAGACCCUACGAAGAGGCACCUAAAUGUCUACAAAACACGUACGGAGUCAAAUUACCAAGAGCCAUGUUUGAUGCCUCCAAAUGUGUGAUAAAUGAUGCUCCUUCGUGCUUCUCUCAGCCCCAUUUCUAUGGCAGUGACUACAAUUGGGAGCGUCACUUUGAGGGUCUCCAUCCAAAUGAGGAAGAACACGAGGGCUUUGUGUUGUUGGAGCCUGUCACUGGAAUACCCAUAACCGAGAAAUAUCGCUUCCAAUCGAAUAUUCCCGUGCCCGACUUAAGAUUUUAUAGUCAAAGAUUGAGAAUGUUUAGUAAUAUGAUUUUACCAGCUUUUUGGUAUGAGUUUGAAAUGGGUGAACUGCCCGAUUUGGUGACCAGAUUAAUGUGGAUAAACAUCAAUGUAGUGCCACAUUUGCAAUGGUCUGUGAUGACGCUUGCCUUGCUUUUGGCCCUUUGGAGUGGCUUGAAAGUUGUGCGUUUAUUUUAUGGUAAUAUAAGCUAUAGACAGCUAUAUCAUCGUAUCUGCUGUGAUCAGGCUGGCGGACGUAACAAUGUAUUGCUGGCCACGACUUUUCCUCAAGAUGCACUUACGCAAUGCCAAAAUGUGAAUGUUAAAUAGACAUUUAAGGUAGUUGUUUCUUUGUGUUUCCUUUAAGUUUAAGCUUAUCAGUUGUUUUUUUAUUAUUAUU